UCGUUUUUACUAGUUUUUUUUAUUUCUUGUCGGCUAGCUUUGUGAGCUAACUAGCACUGUUCGUUGUCGGUGGUAACCUAGCAGCCAAAGCAUCAUAACACGGCAAAAUUAAGAUGUGUAUUUACUGUAAUUUUGACUUGAGAUCAGCCUUUGUUCCGCAUCUGUCAUGUUAUACUAAUUUCAGUAAAGGGGAAGCAUAUAUAUCGGGUUCAAGUGUUUAACGUUUAAGCAAAACAACAAGACACCUGAUGCGUUAAAAAAUAUAAACAUUGAACAGCACAGCAGUGGUUAGCCACGCAGAAAUAAGACAGAUAAGUAUGUAGGAAAUCUGAGGCUCUUUCUGCUCUCGGUUAAAUCUCUGCUCAACAUGCCAGCUGCUCUUGAGUGGUAUAAAGUGAUGGGACUCGACCCGGGGAAUCUGGAGGACCUCAACGAAGAAGAGCAAUCGGGCGAGAUCUUCAACAUGUUCGUUUCGGCUGAAGAAUGGGAGGUGAAGGGCAAAGCUCCAGAGGACAUCACUCAAGUCCUCAAAGUGUUUCAGGCCCUGUUGAAGAGGAAAGAUCAGGAACUUUCUCGCACCCAUGACUUCAUUCAUAACAUGGGUUUAAAGCAAGUCAAAACAGAAAAGGAACUCAUCGCCAAGGUGUCUAGGCUGGAACAAGAGUGUAAGGCUAAGCCAACCGGCUCAGGGCCAGACACCCGCUUUCUCAGGGAUGAGAUCCGUCAGCUCGAGAAUCAGCUGGAGCAGAGGGAAAAGGAGUUGACCCAAUGCAAGACAGAAAUGGGCAAAGACAAGAAAACCAACAUGGAGUUGGUUGCACAAGCAGAGGCGGCGGAGGAGGAGGUCAAGAAGCUCAAAAGAGAGAACGAGCACCUCCAGCAGGAUGUCGACUUCUAUCGCGGAGAGCUGGAGCAGAAGGAGCCGGCUCCAUCCAAAGACGAGAGUGCAGAGACCCAGAAGAAGCUCAUUUUGGCCAACCGGCAGCUCUACCAGUACAUGGAAGACAUUCAGCGCGCUGAGGAUGAAAACGCGCUCCUGAAAACACAGAACGAGCAGAUGCAGAAGAGUUUGGAGGAGUCUGUGAAGGAAAUGGAGAAGAUGACGGACGAAUACAACAAGAUGAAGAUUGUCAUACAGCAGACGGACUCCAUCAUGGACCAGCUCAGGAAAGAGAGGGAUCAUGCAAAGCUACAAGUGAGAGAGUUGACAGAUAAGAUUCACAGCAUGGCUGAAGACGAUGAUCCAAUUAUGGCAGCGGUAAAUUCCAAAGUGGAGGAGUGGAAGAGAGUGCUCUCUGGAAAGGACGACGAAAUUUUGGUGUACCAGCAAAUGAUCCGUGAUCUGAGGGAGAAGCUGCGUUCGGCGCAGCUGGACUUGGAUAAAAGCAACAUCCUUGCCUUGCAGCAGGCCGUCCAAGAGAGGGAUAAUCAAAUCAAGAUGCUGAGUGACCAGGUGGAGCAGUACACGGGGGAGAUGGAGAAGCACACGCUGCUCAUUGAGGAGCUAAAGACAUCCACUAAGAAAGACAAAGGCUUACCGUCAACCAUACAACAGAGAAAGAUGGAGGAUCUGAAGUCCAAGCUGGAAACCGCAGAGGCCAGAGCGGUGGACGCACAGCGUGCGAUGAAGCUUGCAGAAGCUCAUGCUGAAGAAAAAGACAAAGCGCUCAUUGAGGCUUCAAAUCGCUUGAGCCAAUAUGAGUCUGGCACUUAUGGCCUGGAAGCGGCCAUUUUGGAGAUCAAAGAAUGUAAAAAUCUAAUUCUGAGAGAUCGUGAGGCAGAGGCCAUGACCAAAGAGAUCAACCAGCUGGAAAUGACAAUCAAUGACCUUAUGGAUGAAAAUGAGGACUUCAGAGAAAAACUAGGUCUGGGACCAAAGCAAGAAGUGGAUCUGACAGAGUUCAAGCGAGCCAAAGAACUCAGACAACGCCAGUACAAAGCAGAAAACCAGGUCCUGACCAAAGAGAUUGAAAGACUGGAAGAGGAGAGACUCGAGCUAAAGAAAGCGGUCAGACGAAUGGUGAAAGAAAGAGGGAUCCCACAUUCAAGCCUGCAGCUGGAGGACGACGUCUGGUCCAGCAGAACUGAGCGGCUCUCACGCAAACAGAGCAUCACUGAAUCGGAUGAAGAAAUCCGACUGAAAAAUGAGUACCUCGAAAAAGAACUGAGCAAAAAGGAGAGAGAGCUUGAACUGCACAAGACCCAGUUUCAUGUCAAAGUGGAUGAACUGUCAAAAGUCAAAAGCGACCUUGAGGCCGCACUCACAGAUGUUCUUCAAGCACUGACGUUAAACCAAGAGAAUGUUCCAUCUAGUGCUGCCCUCAAUAUCCCCAGUCUGGAAAGGUUGGCUAAUGUUAUAGAUGUGAACAACAUGAGUGGGCAGUCUGAGUCAGCUCUGCACCUGAAGUCCCAAAUACAUCAGCUGCUGGGGAGGAACGAAGAACUGAGGCAGGAACUCAAAUCUGCCCGCGAGGAGGCCACCAGCAGCUUCAGUCAACUAGCUACAGCCAAAGAGAAGGUGAGCCAACUGAAAGAUGAAUUGGAGCUGUUAAGGAGGUCAGGCAGCGGUGGAGUCGUCUUCAGACCUCUGACCCUCCCAGAGGAUCUGGAGCCCAGCAGCACUAAGGUCAUCAGCUCUCUGAAUGAGUACUGUGUCCGACUUCUUCAGGAGCUCAAGAACAAGGAGGAACAAAGCGAGAAGCUCGUAGUAACACUGGAGGAAUACAAAGAGAAGUUUUCCGUCAUUAGCCACCAACAAGGGCUCCUCUACAAGGAAUAUCUCAACGAAAAAGCAGAGUGGCAGAAAAAGAAAGAGACAUUAGCAGAAAAGAACAACCAGCUUGAGGAACAAACGCAGGUGGAUGCUGUUAAACUCCGAGAAUUCAAAGAGCUGCUUGACACUCUCCAGAAGGACCCAGAGGAAAUCAACAGGCAGUUGAGCGAAGUGUUGCGCAACAUGACGGUGCUGAAGGUCAAUGAGAAGAAGCUGACGCGUCGCUACAUCACCCUGCUGGAGCAAGAGCAGCACCUACGCAAAGAGAACGGCAAGCUGAGGGAUGACAGCAGCCAAAUGCAGGCAUCUGUCACCCAGAGGAUGGGCUACCUGCAGAGAUUUAAGGCAAUGGCUGCUUAUAAGAUAGCAGCGCUGCAGAAGGCUCUGGAUGAUAGCGUGCCCUCAUCAGACCUGGAGAAGGCCAACAAACAGUACACAGAGCUAACAGUCAAAUACAGAGACAUGCUGCAGAGGGACGGCCGCCUGAUCCAGAGGACCACAAACCUCGAACGCCUGGAAAACGAGAACGAGUCUCUUCAGGAGCAAAUAUCUUCCAUGAAUAAAGAACUGGAGAUCACAAAGGAGAAACUGAAUACUUUAGAACAAGCAUGGGACAACAUCAGUGCUAAUGGAGGAGAAAACAGCAUGGAUAAGGCGGACAAGGCAUUGGCUAACAACGAGAUGGUAUCAGCCGCUAGGCGGAUCACAACUCUGGAGAUGAAGGAACUGAACGAGAGGCAGAGAGCUGAGCACGCUCACAGAAUGUAUGAAAAAAUGAAGAACUCCCUCAGGCAGGUGGAGGAUCGAAACUUAGAGCUGGAGUCCAAGUUUGCAGAGUUGACAAAGAUGAAUGUGGAGGCCCAGAGGGUGGAGCGGGAGCUGAGGGACGAGCUAGCAGACAGCAUCAGCAAAGCUGUGAGCGACGCUGACAGAGCCAGGAUCGCAGAGCUGGACAAGGCUGAGGCUGAGCUCCGCAUUGAGGUUUCUAAGCUUCAGGAGGUGUCUGAUGUGGCAAUGAUGCAGGCCUCUGCUCUGCAGGCCAGACAGCAAUCCAAAGAGAAGGAAGUUGAAGCUUUGAGGAGACAAAUAAUGGACGUCCAGUCCCAGUCAGAUGAGAAGGCCCUCAUUGCCCAGCUCCAUCAGCACAUCAUGGCUCUGCAGCUCAGUGAGUCGGCGGCUUUGUCCAAACUUGAGGCUGCCAGCACUCGCAUUCAACAGCUGGAGGUCUACAAGCUUCGUGCUGAACAUCGGCUGGAUGCCAGUGACUCCGCCCUUUUCCUUGCCCGUCAGGAAGGCAGGAAUCGCUCCAAGCACCUACGGCAGACCGUCCAGUCGCUUCGUCGGCAGUUCGCUGGAGCGAUACCUCUCCCUCAGCAGGAAAAGUUCUCUUUGACCAUGGUGAGCCUCCUGGAGGACAAAGCAAAUGCCCAGGAGGAAAGGAAGAAGGCGGUAGAGGAGAGGAGGAGGGCUGAAGGAAAGGCGGAGGAAUUGGAACUGAGACUUGGUGGCCUGGAGGAGCUUAUAUCAACACUGAAGGAUGUGAAAGGGGCGCAGAAGGUUAUCGGGUGGCACAAGAAGAUGGAAGAGGCGCGGCUGCAGGAGUUGAGGAAAGGCCGGGAGCUGGUGGUCCAGAAGGAAGAGAUCAGGUACCUGAAGAACCUGGUGAUGGAGCAGGAGAGAACCAUCUGCUCGCUGGAAGAGGAUACUGUGCAGAAAAACAUGCUCCAAGAUGAACGCCAGCUAGCGUGGGAUCAGCGUGAGGUGGAGCUGGAGCGCCAAGUGGAUCAGUACGAGAAGCACCAGAACAAGAUGCUAAGCAGUGCUGAAAAGUUUGAGGGUGGGACAGGAUCUCUACCAGACCCAAGUCUUCCUGUGGCUCAUCAGUUAGAGUUUGCUUUGGGAAAAAUCCGAGAGCACAUCCGCACUAUCAUGGAGACACAGGCCAGCUGUAAAAGUCUGGAUGAGAAGUUGAAAGAGAAAGAAGCCGCGCUGUGGAAGGCCGAGCAGAACAUCGUGUCCCGAGAUAAAGUCAUCAAUGAGCUGCGUCUUCGGCUCCCAGCAGCUGCCAACAGGGAACGACUGCUGGCUGAUGUUUCCAAACAUUUAGAGGCCCAGUCGGAUUAUCAACCCACCCUAACACUGGCUCACCAGACCAUCAAAGACCUCCAUGGUCGGCUUGACAAAAAAGAGGACGUUGUAAAGAAAUACCAGAAGCAGUUAGCCCAGGCCACACAGGAUCAAGAGGAGAUGAUAAAGAGACACCAAGAGGAGCUGAGAUCGCUGUAUCAGAAGUUGGACUUCCACAUGGACAGCUCCUUGGACACCUUUAAACAGACAGCAAUGAGUUUGAUGAAGAAGCCCACUCUCAAGGUGCCGACCACCAAGCACCUGGAGCGCCUGGCAGAGCUGGAGCAGGCCGUGGCCGACCAGGACGUCUCGCUCUCCUCCGUCACAGAGAAAUUACAUCGGACCACUGCGGACCGAGAGCGACAAAGGGUCGCCAUGGAAACGCAGGCUAUGAAAUACACGGAGGAGAUGUCAAAGCUGGAGGAGCAUCAUGCUGCCCAGGUGAAAGCUCUGACAAGGGAACACGAGGAUCUGCAGAGUCAGGUAGCCCAGAUGGAGAAGGAGAUGAUCUCCCUCCAGACCGAGCUGGCGGGCCAGAAGGAGGCCAACGUGCGCUCCCCCAGCAACACCAUGAAGAACCUGGUUGAACGACUGAAAGCACAGCUCGCCCAGAAAGAAAAACAGCUAAAGGCUCUCAGUAAGGUUCUGCUGGCACUGCGGAAGGAGAUGACGUCAUCCGCUGAGCAGCAGGUCAUCGCCAGCGCUGCACAAAGAGAGGAGAGUCUCAACGUUCAGAUGUUGGUUGACAGACACACCAAAGACCUAAAGGUGAAGGUGCAAGAACUUGAUGAAGAACUGCAAGCUGCAAAGGAGUCGGUCAGAACAGCCAGAGGCCGAGAGAACACCCUGAAAGAACAAGUGGACAGCCUGAACCACGACCUCCAGAGGACUCAGAAAACCCUGAAACGUGUGCAGGCCGAAAAAGAGGAGAACGAGCACGAAAUCCAAGAGCUGAAGCGACAAAUCAAGAGACUCAGCAACGCCCUACAGAAUCAACCAGAAGCCGACGGGAAGGGGCUGACCAUCGAGAAUCUGCAGAAGAAGAUCCGGAGGCUGGAGUCUGACUUGGAGAAGAGAGCAGAGAAAAAAAAUGUGAAGGAUGAUUAUGGAAAGACCAAAGAGGAAAUCGUGCGUUGGGAGGAGGGGAAGAAAUGGCAAGCGAAGAUGGAGAAGAUGAAGAAUUCAGUGAAGGAGAAGGAACGAGAGAGUGAAGCCCUGACGAAGCAGCUCAGCACUCUGAAAGACCUCUAUGCCAGACUGGAGCAAGAGAAGAGUGCGCUGCAGAAAAAGCUGAAGGCUCGAGGUGUGACUGUGGAUCAGGUGGUGGGGGUGCGGUCUGCUGAAAUGGAGAAGGAGGCGGAGGAGCUGAAGAAGAAGAAUUUAGAGCUGGAGACAGAGAUCUUCACCAUCAAACAGCAACAAGCUUUACCUCGAGAUGACGCCAUGGAGAGCCUCACCCUGAAGAACCGCUACCUGGAGGAGAGACUGCACUCUUUAGAGAGCCAGAUAUCCAAAGAGCCUCCAUCAAGACCCUCUACUUCAGGACGAGGCACAGGCACUCCAUCACAGAGAGAUCAAGACCUCCAAAAAGAAAACCUCAAGCUGGCCUCCGAGAACCUGGAGCUACGUUUCCAAAUUGAGCAAACCAACAUGGACUUACCAAGACUCAAAAAUCAAGUGUCGGAUCUGAAGGAGAUGUGCAGUGCGCUGAAGAAGGAAAAAGCCGAUGUUGAGAAAAAGCUGGCGCACAUACGCGGAGCUGGUCAAAGUGGUAAAACAGUCCCUGAACUUGAGAAGACCAUCGGGCUGAUGAAGAAGGUGGUGGAGAGGGUGCAGAGGGAGAACGAGACGCUGAAGAAAUCCAGCACCCCUGCAAAUCAAGAAAAGAUCGCUGCUUUGGAGCAAGAAAACCGAAGACUAAAGACUGACUUUGAAAAACUGAAGAGUCAAAGUGAGGCCGAGUUGAAUUCAAAACUGGAAUCUAAAACCAAAGGACUGGAGAGAAUAGUCAUGGAAAAUGAACGUCUGCGCAAGGAGAUCAAAAGGGAAAUGGAAGCUGCAGAGAGGCUGAGAGUGACAAAGACAAGUGUGGAAGUGACCAAUGAGAAGCUGGAGACAGAGCUGGAGGAAACCAAGCAGAGACUGCUUGCAGCUUUAUCCAGACCCAUCUUAGAGGGAGCUGACAGUAAGACCUGGAAGGCUUCUGUGGUAACAAGAAUGUUUGAGAACAAGAUGAAGGAGCUGGAGAAGGAGCUCUCCCAGAAAACCUCCAGUCUGACUGAACUCAAAAAUCAGCUUAAGGACUUGACAGAGCGGGAAGACAGAGCUCAGAUAAACACCCGGCAACUUGAAGAUCAGGUUGACAUGCUGAAGAGGUUUCCCACUGCUGCAAAGUCAGAGGGAGGACUCUCUAAGGAGUUCAAGGCAAUGAGACUGGUUACCGCCGAGCUGCAGCACGAGAACACAGAGCUGAAACAAAGGCUGGAAGAGUACAGCGCGCGAUACGGUGAGACGACGUCCAAACUAGACCCCGGGAAGCUCAGAAACCUCCUGCAAGCCGCAGAGAAGGAGAAAACAGCUCUUCAAAGCGAGGUGACGAAGCUGAAGAGAGAGCUGCAGAGCUUUGACCCGACAUUCUUUGAAGAGAUUGAGGACUUGAAGUAUAACUACAAUUUAGAGGUGAAGAAGAACAUUCUGCUGGAGGAGGAGCUGAAGAAGGUGUGUCAGCAGUUUGGUGUGAAGGCGGACCUUCCCAGUGUCUCCAUCAGUUAAAUCAGGGUCGCUGCUACUGUGCCUUUAAAUCAAUCAGGACUGAAGAAACACUCACUUACAUGUUAUUGAAUUAAAGGGCUGAUAGCCAAAUACUUUGUUGAGGCUCAUGCUGAUGAGAAGACAAUUAUUUAUCUUAGAAAUGUAAAGAAAGCACAAAGACGCAUGUUUAUUUUUAUAACGUGAGCUUCCACGGCUCCAGAAUGAAGACAAACUUAACUGUAAACUGAUAACGUUAGUUUUUCAUCGUAGUACAUAUAGAUUCACGUAUAACAGAACUUAAUUUUUGGACUGGUGCAUCAACUGGUCUUUAUCUUUGGACAGCUUCUGAUGUAAAGCUAAAUUGUUAGAAUUUCAGUUUUAAGGCUGCUUGCAUUAGGUCGGUAUUUAGGAGUUCAGUUAUUUAAUUUGCUGCAUUAAUUCAUACUUCAGUAUAACAGGAAAAUGUAACUGAAGUACUACUGUAAAACUGUAUAGUCAAUCUACUUAUGAGUAACUACAGUUUAUUUUAUUUCUUGGUCCAAAACUGAAAGGAAAUGUCUGGUAAAUAGAAUAAAAGUACGUCAUAUUUUCAAACUAAAGUUUACAUUUAAGAGGUGAUGUCUCUCCUAUCAGGCAGCUCUUCUUUUGUUCACGUGUGAUGUCAUCACACGUAAUGUAGCUUAUGUCUCUAUAUGUGUACAGUUGUAGAAUAGUGCUUGUGUAUUUGUCAAUAAAGCUGUUUCCAUAUUUAAUGGAAAAUCUUUUAGAUAUAAA